AUGGCAGCCACCACAGGCUCGGGAGUAAAAGUCCCUCGAAAUUUCCGACUGUUGGAAGAGCUGGAAGAAGGCCAGAAUGGAGUCGGUGACGGCACUGUUAGCUGGGGUCUGGAGGACGACGAGGACAUGACACUUACAAGAUGGACAGGCAUAAUAAUUGGGCCUCCACGAACAAUUUAUGAAAACCGAAUUUUCAGCCUUAAAAUAGAAUGUGGGCCUAAGUACCCAGAAGCACCCCCCCCCCCGUCUGUAAGAUUUGUAACCAGAGUCAAUAUGAGUGGUGUGAACAGUUCCAAUGGAGUGGUGGACCCCAGAGCCACGGCGGUGCUGGCAAAGUGGCAGAACUCUCACAGCAUCAAAGUCGUCCUGCAGGAGCUGCGGGGCCUGAUGAUGUUAAAAGAAAACAUGAAACUGCCACAGCCACCAGAAGGACAGUGUUACAACAAUUAG